AUAUUUCUCUUUCUAUCACUAACGUCUCUCUCUCAUCCCCCAUAGCUGUGGUUUAGCUGUGUUUGCGCGCUGUCUCACUCUCUCCCUCUCUAACCUUCUCCGUUUCUCUCCCUAAAAAAACCCUUCCCUUCCCCCAACCCUUUGUCUCCCUCACCUCAAGGAUGAGAUGAAGACUGGUGCGAUACAACUUCUCUCUCAUCUCAUCCUCCCCUUCUUCUUCUUCCUCGCCGCCGGUGGAGUCUCCGGCGGCGGCCUGACCUUGCAGGACGCAGUGUCCAUCCAGCAGCGGCAGCUCCUUUACUACCGCGAUGAGUUCGGUGACCGCGGAGAGAAGGUCACCGUCGAUCCAUCCCUAACCUUCCCAAAUUCCCACCUCCGUAACGCCUACAUUGCUCUCCAGGCAUGGAAGCAGGCGAUCUUCUCGGAUCCGACGAACCUGACCGGAACUUGGGUCGGAUCCAAUGUCUGUGCCUACAAGGGUGUAUUCUGCGCCCCGCUGCCGUCGAACAGCAGCCUUAUUGUCGUCGCCGGCAUUGAUAUCAACCACGCCGACAUCGCCGGAUUCCUUCCGGAAGAGCUAGGUUUACUCACCGACCUCGCCCUUUUCCACAUCAACUCGAAUCGCUUCUGCGGCACCAUUCCUCACCGAUUCGAUCGCCUUCGCCUGCUUUUCGAGCUCGAUCUCAGCAACAAUCGCUUCGCCGGCAAGUUUCCUGAUGUUGUUCUUCGCCUUCCGUCACUCAAGUUUCUCGAUCUUCGUUUUAAUGAAUUCGAGGGUCCGGUUCCGUCCGAGCUAUUCGACAAGGAUCUUGAUGCUAUCUUCAUUAAUAGCAACCGGUUCCGCUUCAGUAUUCCUAAUAACAUCGGGAAUUCUCCGGUGUCGGUGAUCGUCCUCGCUAAUAAUAGAUUCGGGGGAUGCCUGCCGGCGAGCAUCGGUAACAUGUCGAAAACCCUAAACGAGAUUAUCCUCAUGAACAAUGGACUCAAAUCUUGCUUUCCUAAGGAGAUCGGACUUCUAAGGAAGCUGACGGUUUUGGAUGUUAGCUUCAACGAACUUGUCGGCCCGUUGCCGAAUGAAAUCGGGAGGAUGCGAAGCUUGGAGCAGCUUGAUGUCGCUCAUAAUCUUCUUUCUGGUCAGAUCCCAGCGUCAAUCUGCAGGCUUCCAAGGCUCAAGAACUUUACCUUCUCCUACAACUUCUUCACCGGAGAGCCGCCGGUGUGCCUUAGGGUUCCGUCGUUUGAUGACCGGAGAAACUGCUUGCCUGGACGCCCGGUACAGCGAACUCCGCAGCAAUGUGCGGCAUUCCGGCGUCUGCCGGUGGAUUGCAACUCCUUCGGAUGCGCUCCGUUCGUACCCCCACCGCCUUCACUGCCGCCGUCGCCGCCCGCACUAUCUCCUCCACCAGCUGUUUCGCCACCACCGCCGUCUAUAUCUCCGCCAUCACUAUCACCGCCGCCACCAUCUCUAUCACCUCCUCCCCCUCUUCCAUCUCCAAUUCUCUCACCACCCACACCUUCCCAAACUCCCCCACCGCCUCCAUCGCCACCUCCACCACCACCGCCAUCUCCUCCUCCAUCACCUUCACCGCCACCGCCGUCUCCGCCUCCCUCCUUCACCCUCACUGCCUUCACCUCCGCCACCAUCCCCCCCUCCCCCUUCUCCAUCACCGCCGCCUCCACCCUCUCCGCUAUAUCCGCCGCCACAAUCUCCACAUCCUCCUUCACCCUCACCUGUGCCGCCAUCUCCACCUCCGGCUUCCCCUUCGCCACUGCCACCACAACCCACUCCACCCUAUUGCAUCCAUUCACCACCCCCACCGUCCCAUUCUCCUCCGCCACCGCCAAUUCCACAUCAUUCUCCUCCGCCAAUUUACCCAUCGCCACCUCCACCGCCCAAUUCUCCGCCUCCACCAAUCCAUUACCAUCCUUCAUCACCUCCCCCACCAUAUUCACCUCCUCCACCAAUUCAUUACUACCAUUCACCACCUCCCCCACAUGGUUCACCUCCUCCACCGCCUCCUUGCAUUGAACCACCACCACCUCCUUGCAUUGAACCACCACCUCCUCCUUCUCCGCUUCCCUGCAUAGAGCCUCCACCUCCCAAGCCUUAUGGGCCACCACCAUCACUCUCUCCACCUCCUCCAACAUCAUCACCACCACCACCAACACCUUCUCACCCACCUCCAUCGCCUUAUCAUUAUCACUCACCACCACCACCUUCUCCAUCAUUGCCUCCACCUUAUUAUUAUAAAUCUCCACCACCGCCUUCUCCAUCACCUCCUCCGCCAGUGUAUCACUAUCAAUCACCACCGCCACCCUCGCCGUCACCGCCGUUACCACCGCCACCAUAUCAUUACCAUUCUCCACCACCGCCUUCUCCAUCACCACCACCCCCAAUCCACUACAAUUCACCACCGCCGCCUUCUCCAUCUCCACCACCCCCAAUUCAGUAUAAUUCACCACCACCACCAUCGCCAUCUCCUCCUCCACCACCUCCACCUCCACCUCCACUUAUUUGCGAAACUACUCCCCCACCACCACCAGUGUAUGAAGGGCCAUUGCCGCCAAUAAUCGGAGUAUCUUACGCAUCACCUCCACCUCCUAGUAUCCCAUAUUACUGAUUCUUUGAGAAUCACUGUCGUCUUUUCCCUCUUCACUCCAUAGUAAGAUUUUUGCUCAUUGAACAGCAGAGUCAAGUAGAUCAUUCAAUCCAGAACCUGUGUGAUGAAGCAGAGAGAUGGAUUGGAAAAUGGAGAAGAUGAAGAAGGAAAUUAACUCUCCGAAAAUUUAUUGCAAAUUAUGGGUAUUUGCGCUGUGAAUAAAUUGGCGAGAGAGAAGACAGAGAGGCAUAUUGGAAUCGAUUCAGAGCUUCUUAGACGCAGAAAGAAAAUUAUUGUAUAGAGCAUGAUGAGAUUUGCGAGUAGAUGAUCAACUGUGUUCUUAAUUAUUAUCCUCUUCUAUACUAGAUUUAUUUCAAUUCAUGUCUGUUGGUGGAAACUCUUCAUUUUUAAUUAUUAUAUUUUCUUCACAAUUUGAUUU